UUAUAUCCUGUCUGAGAUAGGUUGGGACGCUGUUCCAUAAAAUCUCUUUUGAUUAUCAAAUCUAAAAGAGGCUUAGCCAAGAUGAGGAAUGAUGAAUAUCCCCUCAACGCUGCCGAGGCUGCGGAAGGCGGCCGGAGCAUCGGUAAGCGGCGCGGCCUUGUGGCUGCAACUGGUGCAAGAAGAGGAGCCAAGAGGGGGAUUGUGGUAAUUGACCUCCUCGGCCGCCUAUUUGCACUUGCCACGGCUCUCGCGGCGGCCAUCACCGCUGGAACCACUGAUGAGACCUUGCCCUUCUUCACCCAGUUCUUCCAAUUUGAAGCUCGUUACUAUGAUGUUGCAGCCUUCAGGUUCUUGGUGAUUGCAAGUGCAAUAGCAGGCGCCUACGUCGUGCUAUCCAUUCCCUUCUCAAUAGUGGGCUUAGUCCGUCCGCAAGCCGCUGCACCCAGGCUCACCCUUCUCAUAUUUGACACGAUAAUGGUCGUUUUAACAACUGCUGCCGCUUCUGCCUCUGCUGCUAUCGUAUACUUGGCUCACAACGGGAACUCAAACACAAAUUGGAUGCCCAUCUGCCAAAUAUUUGGCAACUUCUGCCAACGCCUCAGCGGUGCGACGGUGGCAGCCUUCAUCACUGCAGUCAUCUUUAUCUUCUUGGUUCUGUUGUCCGCCAUAACUCUCAAGCAUUGAGUACUUUGUCUCCAGAUCGUCUGCAUGAAUACAAGUUUGUGUGAUGCCUUUGUGUGUAAAGUUUGUGCGCGUCCAAUGUUGGGUUUCAUUGCUGGAAUUGUUCGUGAGCGACCAUUUUUUCUCUUACAUUGUUAUCUGAAGAUUUGUAUAAGCU